AAGGAAGGCGAUUUCCCGCACAUUUGAAUCUAAAGCGUGACUUAGCGUCCACUGGGUAUUGACGUAGGUGAAAGAUGGAAAACAGCAAAAAGUCUACCGAUGCGAAGCCGCUUGCUGCUAAAGGCCUAGAAAACCAGAAGGCCUUCGUUUGAAAGAGAAAAUCAGAAAAAGGAAACUGGUUACCACAGCUCGCAGAAAGGUACUGAGUCGGUUGAGGUAUUUGAAGUUAAAAGGCAUGAUGAAACAACGUGCUGAAAAAUACAUGCACGAGUACCGCAAGAUGGAGAGACGAGAAAUCGCUCUAAAACAUGAUGCCAAGAAGGCCGGCAACUUCUAUAUUCCAGCUGAACCAAAACUUGCAUUCGUUGUACGUAUUCGUGGUAUUAAUGGGGUUCACCCACAGCCGCGAAAAAUUAUGCAGCUCUUCCGUCUCCGACAAAUCAACAAUGGGAUGUUUGUGCGGCUAAAUAAGGCAACUCUCAGCAUGCUUCGUAUAAUUGACCCCUAUGUUGCUUGGGGUUAUCCUAGUCUGAAGCUUGUUCGACAGUUAGUUUACAAACGUGGGUUUUGUAAAUACCAUGGCACUCGUCUACCUCUAACAAAUGACCUUAUUCAAAGAAAGCUUGGACACUUGGAUAUAAUUUGUGUCGAAGAUCUUGUGCACGAAAUAUACACAGUGGGUCCGAACUUCAAACAAGCUGUUGCUUUCUUGUGGACGUUCAAAUUGAGUAAUCCCAGUGGCGGCUUUCGUAAGAAAGGCAAACACUUCGUCGAAGGUGGGGAUUUUGGAAACCGAGAAACUUUCAUCAACAAACUACUGAAAGCUAUGCUUUGAAUAAAUGAAUUGUCUCUGG